AUGAAGUAUUAUUUGAUCUGUUUAUUCUGCUCAACAAUAGUUUGCUCCUUUGGUGUGGAAGUUGUUCAAGAAAAUAAUGUAAAAAUAGCUGCAGCGGGAGAGAAGGUGAACCUUCCUUGCACAUUUUCAAAGCUUCUGCAGGUGACAAAAGUAUGGUUUAAACAAAGAGCUGAUGGAAAAUCCCUACAAAUUGUGUCUUUAUAUCUAAAUCAAGAACCCAAUUGGAGUAACUACUCUGAGAAUCGUUUUAAUGUCAUGAAAGAAGAUGGUUAUUUUAAUCUGACCAUUUUAAAGACAAAGCCGUCAGACUCAGCAAUAUAUUACUGUGUAAUCUCAACAUCUUACAACAUUGGAAUGGGUUCAGGAACUCGAUUACUUGUCAGAGAUGCAGCUGCAGACAGAAACACAACUCUUCAUCAGUCUUUGAUAGACACUGUUGAUCCAGGAGAUUCAGUGAAUUUGCAGUGCAGCAUCUUCACUGAGAGCUGUGCAGGAGAUCACAGCGUCUACUGGUUCAAACAAAGCUCAGGAGACUCUGAAGGAGUGCUUUACACCAAAGGAGAGAGAAAUGGCCGCUGUAAGAACAGCACUGAGUCUCAAACGCAGAGCUGUGUCUACAGUCUCCACAAGAACAACAUCAGUCACUCUGAUUCUGGCAUUUACUACUGUGCUGUGGCCGCAUGUGGAGAAAUACUGUUUGGAAGAGGAACUCAACUCAAUAUUAUAGAAAGUUAUGCUGUAAAUCCAACUCUGAUUGCUCUUGGGAUUUUAAAUGUCAUAUUUUUGGCAUACACUGUUUUUGUCACCAUAAAACUAUGUAAGAAAGACAAUCAAGGUGAAGACAUUCUGAUCUUUGCUGCCCAAAAUGACUUGAUUGCAGAAGGACUCGACGUGAACUUUUCUGAAGAAUAUUCUUUUGUAAAGUACAGCAUGAUCACUCAAAAAAUGCCUACAAAAUGCUUUAGACCAUAA